UUGUCAGCCGGCUGUCGCAUUACUCAGAUCCAUUUAUUGUGUGGUGGAAUUAUUCCUCUGUUGUCUGCGUUGGAGAUAGCCAUGGCUAAAAAUGCUGAUAAAAUUGGUCUCAGGUAAGUAACUCUUAACCCAUUCGCUUCCAAAAGAACUGAUUAUCAAAAGCAUGAAUCGCUAUAAAAGCCGAAGCACUGCUAAAAAGGUUAUAUGUGAAUGGUCGCACAAUGUAUUCACAGUAUGUUUGAGCGGUUGAUAUUUUGUCCGUCUGGCGACUUCGGUUCCCGAGGCGUGAGUUUUGGUCUUGUCAUUGUGUUUGGUUCUUGUCGCCGAGCAUUUUUUCUUUUUCCUUUUUGUUGCAGCAAGGAAAGUCGAUCUCUGAGAGUAGUCCGCGUUGAGCUAGAUAACGGUCAGCGGCUGGUAGGUCUGCGUUACCCAGAGCAACUCAUACCGGAAGCUACAUUGUUUCUGAAGGAGCAAAAGUUGCUCGACGCCGUUAUCGUAAGUAAAUAUUGAUUUGUAUAAAGAAAAGUGUAAAAAAUUCUCAUCACACAUUUUUGGCCAAGCACUCGUGUUAAAGAACAGUUCCCGACCGGUCCUUAAUUUUAGCAGCGUUGAACGAUUGAUAACCACACUCAGUCAUCAUCAAGAACUCCUCUUACCCAAGAGUGACCAACAUUAAUUUUCUCCUAACAAUAAUAUUUAACAAUUAUUCCUCUCGCCUUCAUGGCCUCUGAGUCAAUAGCCCAUGAGGCCGAAGGCCAAAUGGGCUAUCGACUUAGAGACCGUGAGGGCGAGAGGAAUAAUUUUUUUAGUAAAAUCCAACCUAGCUGGUCAAAAAUAUCGAGACAAAACAGGUUUAGCUGGUUAAAGCUAGACUUUAAUCCUUUUUUUGCCGCCAAAAAGCCCGCCUUUUCGCUACUAGUGGGCUAUAACAUAUAGCCUAGUAGUAGCUCAACCAAUCAGAACGCAGCAUUGAUAAUAGACCACUAGUUGGAUUUUACUAAAUAGAUUUAGCCAGGGCUAAAAGCGAAGCUCUGGUUAAUAAUACUUAUAAACAAGAAAAGUUAAAACGUGUAAUGCUAAACGGGGACGGCAAUGAAAAUGGCAUCAAGUUUAAUAGAUCUAACUAGCAAAAAAACAAAUUGGACGUGCAGCACACUUUUUUUUCUAAUUAGCAAAAAAACAAAUUUGCACGUGCAGCACGCUUUUUGUCUUUCUUUGCCGUUGUUUUGCACAACUACAACGCUGUUUUGUUGGACUAAAUCGUCAAACUUCCUAGUUACACAUUAUUUUUAUGGAGGAAUUGUCGUAUGUGCUUACCCAAUAUUUUGUCUCCUGUGUUCAUGUUCGCUUUUAUUUUUCACUGCCCCUCAUUUUCACCUUGCUGGGCGUUCCUUGCUGGCCGCUAGCAUUUCUCAUUGUCUCACCGCCGCUUUGAAUUUUUAUGUUUUUCUUCCUACAAAAUUCGGCUGUAGCUCUUUCUCUGUUAUCCACGUAAAUGUAAACAUCAAAAAUAACAUCGAAAAAUACAUGACUUUGUACUUCUCACUUAGGGCAAAAUGUUGGCUUAGGGGAGGGGUAGGUGGGCAGUUCCCAGAAGCGUGUAAUGAUCCAUAAUAUCAAUACGUAACCAAGAGAAAAGGUUAUAAGAAUUAAUAAAAUGUAACCAAAAGUUGAUCUUUUACCAAAUUCUCUGUUCUAAUUUUGUAAAAACAUACGUGAAGAAAAAGUCCGGAGAUUUUAUUUGUCUGUGUAUACUGGAUUUUCAUAGUACACAACAGAGAAUAAGUUUUAUUUUAACAUCGCAGCAUGAUCUUGUUACUUAUCUGAUAUUUAUUUCAAAUUAUUAAUAACCUGCGAGUUCAGCCUUCUCUCAUUGCCCCCGUUUCUGGGGACGUUAGCGAGAGUCUGGUUAAAAUUUUUAUCGUGCUUUGCUACUGCUUUUAGGCUUCAACUUUGAACCUUGUUAGGUAUUGUUUUGACUUAAACGAUUAUCUUUUUUUUGUUGUUGUUUUUUUUCCCUUUAUUUUCUAGGACAAACAAAAUGGUGUUUUGAGUUCAACAGAACCUUCUCUUAGACAGCCAUCAAAAGCCAGCCGAGCGUUUGAGGAAGCGGAAACGCCCAUCAACCAAAGGACGUUAACUAAGGCUACUACUCCUCCUGUAACUAUAAAGAAUUUCUUUAAACCGAAGACUGUUGAACGAUCACCUGAGAGUAAUAAAAGUGCAUCAGAACAUCAGGAUGUUAAGGAAAAGAGCGGGGAAAAUGACUGCAAUGAGAUCGAAAAUCAAGAAAUCGAGAACAACGUCAAAAACAGCACGGAUGACAAACAAGCAACGACCAAACUAAGUAAGAAGGAAGUCAAAUCAAUAUACUUUAAAUCGAAGGGAAGAGAAAAGGAAGAGCUCCCGGAAACUAAAGGACCUUUCAAAGGUGCUGCUAAGUGUAAUGGUCUUGUGCAUCACCUUUCGGAACCCCUUUCGAAAGAGAACCUUCAAGGAAAGAACUCUUUGAAACGAACUAGUUCUGAAGCGUCGUCAAGGGCGAUUAAGCCACAGAAGCAAUCGAGCAUUUUGUCUUCGUUUGGGAAAAGGAGUGACAAAGAUUCUAAGGACCAAAAGGAGAAGGAAGUUCUCUGCCCCGUUUGUGGGGAGAAAUUUGCGAGCGGAUUGAAAAAUUCUGAUAUCAACAAACACAUCGACAAUUGUCUCAGUAAAUGA